AUGCUGAAGAGUUCCAAGGUAUAUUAUCAGCAGGGGUUUUAUACAUUCAAAGAUAUAGACGGUGGAAUUGAUCAGGAUAUAUUUGAUAUCAAUGAAGAUUUGAAACUGGAUCUUUUUCAGGGAGACAUCAGACUUGAUGAGGCACAAGGUAGAAAUUCCAUCAUUGGAGAAAGAUACAGAUGGCCUCAUACUAUUCCUUAUGUUCUAGAAGACAGCUUGGAAAUAAAUGCCAAGGGAGUUAUCCUCAACGCAUUUGAACGUUACCGCCUAAAGACAUGCAUUGACUUCAAGCCUUGGGCAGGAGAAGCUAAUUAUAUAUCAGUGAUCAAGGACAGUGGCUGCUGGUCUUACGUUGGAAACAGGCACACUGGCCGGCAAGAGCUCUCCAUCGGCGCCAACUGCGACAGGAUAGCGACCGUGCAGCACGAGUUCCUCCACGCGCUGGGCUUCUGGCACGAGCAGUCGCGUGCUGAUCGCGACGACUACGUCAAGAUAAUCUGGGACAGAAUCCUGUCAGGCAGAGAGCACAAUUUCAACAUCUAUGAUGACAAAGUAUCAGAUUCCCUGAAUGUGCCCUACGAUUACACUUCUGUAAUGCACUAUAGUAAGACUGCAUUCCAAAAUGGGACAGAGCCCACAAUUGUGACCAGAAUCUCUGACUUUGAGGACGUGAUUGGCCAACGAAUGGAUUUCAGUGACUAUGACCUCUUAAAGCUGAAUCGACUGUAUAACUGCACUUCUUCCUUGAGUUUUAUGGACUCAUGUGAUUUUGAACUGGAAAAUGUAUGUGGUAUGAUCCAAAGUUCAGAAGAUAGUGUUGACUGGCAGCGGGUUUCCCAGGUUACUGGGGGGCCGGAGAGUGAUCACUCUAACAUGGGCCAGUGCCAAGGCUCUGGCUUCCUCAUGCACUUUGACAGUGGCUCUGUAAAUGUGGGUGACAAAGCAGUGCUGGAAAGUAGAAUACUUUACCCUAAACGAGGGUUUCAGUGCUUGGAAUUUUAUUUGUACAACAGUGGAAGUGAAAAUGACCAGCUGAACAUCUACGUGAGGGAGUACUCUGACAAUGACGUGCGUGGGAAAUUAACCCUCGUGGAAGAAAUAAAAGAGAUACCCAUUGGGAGCUGGCAACUUUACUAUGUAACAUUGCAAGUGACCAACAAAUUUAGAGUGGUGUUUGAAGGACUUCGAGGAGCUGGUGCCUCUGCAGGCGGUCUAUCUAUUGAUGACAUCAAUCUUUCAGAAACACGGUGCCCUCAUCACAUUUGGCGUAUAAGGAAUUUCACAAACAUUGCUAACAGCAAAAAUGCAACUCUGUACAGUCCCCCAUUCUAUUCUCCUAAAGGUUAUGCUUUCCAGAUUUACAUGGAUCUACGAUCUUUGACUAACAUAGGGCUCUAUUUCCACUUAAUCUCUGGAGCCAAUGAUGAUCAAUUACAGUGGCCAUGUCCUUGGCAACAAGCCACAAUGACACUCCUGGAUCAAAAUCCUGACAUUCGACAUCGUAUGUCUAACCAGCGGAGUAUAACUACGGACCCGCUUAUGACCACUGAUAAUGAAAACUAUUUUUGGGAUAAUCCUUCUAAAGUGGGAAAGGUGGCCUUUUUCCCUAAUGGAACUCAGUUUAGCCGAGGUGGAGGUUAUGGAACCAGUGCCUUUAUAACCCGAGAGAGGAUGAAAAGCAGAGACUUUAUAAAAGGAAAUGAUGUUUACAUCUUAUUGACAGUGGAAGAUAUAUCUCACCUCAAUUCCUCAUCACCUCAGCCAGUGCCGACCUCCACUGCCUUUGCUGCAUCACCUCAGCCAGCGCCAACCUCCACUGAACUUGACCCCUGCUCAAAAAUCACAUGCGAAAAUGACGGUGUCUGUGUCAUCCAAGAUAACAAACCCCAGUGCAGGUGUCCCUCGGGGAAAGACUGGUGGUACAUGGGAGAGUGGUGUGAGAAGCGAGGCUCCACGCAGGAUACCGUCGUCAUCGCGGUGUCUUCCACCGUGGCUGUGUUCGUCCUGAUGCUGAUCAUCACCCUUGUCAGUGUCUACUGCGUCAGAAGGAAGUAUCGCAAAGGGACAAGUUCCAAGACAGCAAAUAUGACUGUGGAAAAUCAACAUGCUUUUUGAAGAUUAACUCAACCACGUGGCCAGCAAGCGCAAUGAAGAAGCAUUCUUCGUCGUGCGAUUUCACCUAAACUGUUUUACAGCCCCCUCGUGCUUCUGAAAACGGAUCUUCUCUGUAAAUAGCUGGAUGUUCUGGAAAUCAUUAUUUUGAUAAAAAUCAAAUUGACAAAAAAUCUCUCUGUCUGUCUCUCCC